AUGGUCCAACCACGCAUGCUUUCAAGGGAUGACGAGGGCGCUGUUAGCGAGGAGAACGAGGUCCGUCGUGAGGAUCAGGAGAAGAUCAAUCGGUUCAGCCGAUUGCAUCAGCGGGAGACCGUUUUGGAGGAGCAGUUGAAGGCCAAGCAGAAGGAUAAGGAGGAUCUCGAGGAAGUUUCUAUGGAACUGGAGCUGGCUGAUGAGGAUGAACUUGUCCCAUACAAAAUCGGCGACUCAUUCUUCCAGCUUCCCCUGGAAGAGGCACAGGCUAUGCUCACCACAUCGACCGAGCAGAUUGACACAGACGUUUCCAAGUUAGAGGACUCGAUUAGUGAACUCCGCGAGGAGCUGCAACAGCUUAAGGUCUCGCUAUAUGCCCGAUUCGGCCGCAGUAUCAAUCUGGAGACCUAA